GGCUCCGGGGUGGCGCGGUGGCGCACUGUGCGCGCCGAACAGGCGGAGGGCUAGCGCCGGCGCCGGCGGCAGCAACGCGGGUAAAGCCGACAGCGGCUCCAUCUAAGCACCAGCAGCCCCGGCGGCCUUGGUGGAGGGGACCUUCCGCUCUCUCGUCUGUCCCUCGCUCCACGCCUGGGGCAGGCGCGGCGGCCGUCCCGGAAGAGGCAACUGAAUGAAAGACAGUAGAACCAGACCCCCGAGAGAGGACAGCGGGGCUCGAAGAGUUGGUGGGCGUAAGGCAGAUACUCAGGCGAGGAGGAGACUAUCGCUGUUGUCCCCAUUCCUGGUCCCAGCGAUGGGGGAGCAGCGGGAACUUUGAAGACACCACUGUCUUCCGGGGUCCGGGGGUGUGAGGGCUACAAGCUCCGGGGGACUCCGGAGUUUCAGCCCCAACGUCAGUGGCGGAAGAGUCUGCGAAAACACCUGGGCCCCAGCACCACAGAGAGGAAGUUCUUAGCAACUUCAUCCGAGACGUGGGAGAGCAGGGUGAAGAGAGGCUGAGGCUGCAAGUCCGAGCCCCAGAGACUCAGAGAAGCAGAGAGAGGAAGGAUCCGGUGGAGACAGACAGGUCGAGGAGAGACGCCACAGGCAGCGAGGCCGCGGAACCAGCCUGGCAGCCAGCGGGCCUCGCUACCCCCUGAGUGAAGCCAAGGGCCGUGAGUCCCGCAGGCCUCCUCAAAGCCGCUCCUACGGGAGGCCAGGGGUUCCUAGCCCUCCUGGAAGCAGGCCCCUACGCUAUGCCACCGAAGCUGCGAGCGCCUUGGCCGCAGCCACUCCGGGCCGGGUCCGGAGCUGCCGCCUGAGUCAGCCCGGGAGGGAAGCCACCAGGAGUUGGGCGCCUCGCUUCCAGCCGGACUGCACUAGCGCGGUUUCCCGCCUCUAGGCGCAGCUCUCCGCGAUCUCCGGCAGGGCGGCUCUGAGAGAGACCCCGAAGCUCCAGCAGUGUUUUCUGAGCCCAGUGCCUGGCCUGGCGGCGCGGCUCCGUAGCCGCGCUGGGCAGCCCCUUGGCGCGGGGAGGCGGCGGCGUGGGCCGGCCUGCAGUCUGGAGCGCACCGAUGGAAAUACACUGUAAGCACGACCCGUUUGCAUCCAUGCAUAGACAUGGAGGAGUGAAUCAGCUUGGGGGGGUUUUUGUGAACGGACGGCCACUUCCGGAUGUAGUCCGCCAAAGGAUAGUGGAACUUGCUCAUCAAGGUGUCAGGCCGUGCGAUAUCUCCAGGCAGCUUCGGGUCAGCCAUGGUUGUGUCAGCAAAAUCCUUGGCAGGUAUUAUGAGACGGGGAGCAUCAAGCCUGGGGUAAUUGGAGGAUCCAAACCAAAGGUUGCCACACCCAAAGUGGUAGAAAAAAUCGCCGAAUAUAAACGCCAAAAUCCCACUAUGUUUGCCUGGGAGAUCAGGGACCGGCUGCUGGCAGAACGAGUGUGUGACAAUGACACAGUGCCCAGUGUCAGUUCCAUCAACAGGAUCAUCCGGACAAAAGUACAACAGCCACCCAACCAGCCGGUCCCAGCUACCAGUCACAGCAUAGUGUCCACGGGCUCCGUGACGCAGGUGUCCUCAGUGAGCACGGACUCAGCUGGCUCCUCGUACUCUAUCAGCGGCAUCCUGGGCAUCACUUCCCCCAGCGCUGACACCAACAAGCGCAAGAGAGAUGAAGGUAUUCAGGAGUCUCCCGUGCCGAAUGGUCACUCACUGCCAGGCAGAGAUUUCCUCCGGAAGCAGAUGCGAGGAGACCUGUUCACGCAGCAGCAGCUGGAAGUGCUGGACCGCGUGUUUGAGAGGCAGCACUAUUCAGACAUCUUUACCACCACGGAGCCCAUCAAGCCUGAGCAGUGGUGCCCCGUGCUGAUGAGACAAUACUUGGUGCAGCCCCAGGCAGUCCUUUUCCAGACCCCCGAGUAUUCAGCCAUGGCCUCGCUGGCUGGAGGGCUGGACGACAUGAAGGCCAACCUGACCAGCCCCACGCCCGCUGAUAUCGGGAGCAGUGUGCCGGGGCCGCAGACCUACCCCAUUGUGACAGGUCCUCUGGAGCACUCGGGAAGGUGCUUAGAAUUUGGCCGCGACUUGGCGAGCACGACCCUCCCCGGGUACCCUCCACACGUCCCCCCCGCCGGACAGGGCAGCUACUCAGCACCGACACUGACAGGGAUGGUGCCUGGGAGUGAGUUUUCCGGGAGCCCCUACAGCCACCCUCAGUAUUCCUCCUACAACGACUCCUGGAGGUUCCCCAACCCGGGGCUGCUCGGCUCCUCGUACUAUUACAGCGCUGCUGCCCGAGGAGCUGCCCCACCAGCAGCAGCCACUGCCUACGACCGUCACUGACCUUCGGAGCCAGGCAGAAGCCAAGCACUUAUGACUCAUAUCACUGAGGGUGAUAGCCUCCCAACCCCCUCCAAAGAUAGCCAGAGGGGCCCAACAAGCCCAUCCCAGCAACACCCCCACUCACCUGAAAUUCCACCCCCCUUUUUUCCUGCCAGAGACUCUGGGGUUCUAUGGUAGGGCUGCUGGACCUCUAGACACCUGUCCGUUUCUAAGAUUCAAUCGAUGAGCUUCUCCCAACAAUGACGGGCUCUCCACAAACCAACAACUGUUCUGCAGACAACUGCAGUCCCAGCCCAGCCCACCUGACCAUCUGCCCAUCUUCCUGCCCCAGGCCUGGCAAGGAGAGCUUGCUAAUGUCACUUCAACAGCACUUGUGUAAAUACCUUUUUGCUUUUUUGUGAGACCGAGGGUCCAACUGAGCAGACUCCCCACCUGUUAUAGGUUCAACACUCCCAAAGUAUCACAGGUUGUCUUAGACCUGUGCACAGAGCAACCCCUCUGCCCUGGGUGCCCCCAUAGCGUGGGCUCGGAGCUGUCUGCGAGACUGAGGGUGCCCACCUGGGGGACCCAGCCUCCUGCUCAUUGCUACUUCUUUAAUAUCUUAACCGAGCUGGUUAUGCUCUACUCCUCCCCAAGAGAAACAACUUUGGGGAGACACACUGGCUUCCUGCCUCCAUUUCCCCCGGGCCCAGUGCAGUGCGAACAGCUCUUUUCUAUACAUAUCAAAGGAAUCGAAGAACCGUCUGGGAGAUCCCUAAGUUACCGUUGUCCGAGGUGCUGAUUGCACCUAACUUUGAACGUUAGGGCUGUGUGGGACCCAGAAUAUCAUGGUCCUAGGUGGUGCGUGAGGCACCUCAGCCCCUGGAACCGCCGAUCUAACUGGGUGUUCCCAGGCUCUGAUCACUUUGGACGUCCACCAUGGACUCUGCCCCCUCCUCCAGGACCCCAGUGAGUGGAUUCUGGGCAAACCUGUCCCUGGCAUGUAGACAGUGAUUAACAAAAAGGACUUUGCCUGCACUGAGAACCACACACAUCUGCAGCGGUCAGCUGUCCUUGUGGAGCCUAGCAUGCAGCUGGGAAUGGAGGUGGUAGCAUGGGGGGGACAUGUCCACCUCGUGGUACAAGGGGCUGUGAUGGUCAGGGCCAUGUUCAAGGGCCGUGGGAGCUGGGAAAUGGUGUGGGAGGGUUGGGGAGAGCCACCUGGGAGGAUUUGGAGGACAGAGGAAGGCCUCCUGGGAGAGGGUCAGGACAGGCAGUGAGGAGCUGGUGGUGAAUGGGGUGUGGUCUUGAGAUGGGGGUCCAGGGGCCACCAUCUCUUUGCCUGGGGCCUCAAUGCCUUGCAUAGUCUCUCUUGCCAACUCAGAACAGCCAGGUAGAGGCUCUGUCCAAAUCUGGGCUGAAUUGUAGAAAUGACAGUGGAUUUUGCCAUCUCAUGUGACAGUGUUCCUGAUGCCCUGCCCGCAUGUCACCAGUUUGGCAGAGAGCUGGGGCAGAAAGAGCCCGCACUUGAGGUGAUUGGCCUUGAGAGGUCUUGUCCUGGCUACACCUCUGCAUUGCUGUGGGGCCUCAGACAAGACCCUUCACUUCUCUGAGCCUUGGUUGCCUUGGUACAGCAUGGCCACCUGCAGGAUCGCCCGACAGCUCUCUCUUUCCUUCCUCUCUCCCAGGGAGCUGGAUCAGGCCCUCCACUGCUAAGCAAGCAUAUAGGGGUGGGCAUCUGAGUCCCACUAAUAUUCAGACCAAGUGGGAAACAAGAACACCCAGAGAAAUGGGAAAGAGCCUUGAGGAAGACUUAGUAUAGCUCCCCUCGGGAGAAACUGAGGCCCAGCUGGGAGAAGCCCAGGACCACGCAGGGAGACAGAGCAGACCUUUCCUGGCCACCACCAAGUGUUUUCCCCAUAACACCUCUGCAAGGUGGUGGGACAGAAGAGGAAACAGGCUCAGCAAAGUGGAGUCCCCAGGCAAUGAGUGACAGAGGUGGGUCUGGGACUCAGCCCCUAACCCCUGGCAUAUGGUGGUCCUCCCAUCCCUGGGGAGAGAAGUAGACAGUGAGGGCAGCAGGAGACAGUUCUAGGCCCACUGCCCCAGAUGGGGUGUCCUGGGACUGUUAGAACUGCUGAGGAAGCCCAGUCCCCCAGGGCGAAGGUGGAACUGGUGAGCACCCCUCCCCCUCGCCAACCCCUGUUCCGCCGAACCUGAUGAGAGGGUAUCUGGGAGCCAGGAUAAACUGGCUCCAGCCUCUGUCUGCCAGGCAAGGUAGGAGAAGGUGUUAUCUGACCCCUCCCUCCCUUCCACAGGAAGUGGUGGCUGGGAUCAGGGGUCCGCAGCGUAGGCUUCUUGCACCCAGUCCUUGAAUCCUGGUCCCUCCUGUGGUGUCAGGCUGUUGGGAGGUCAGCCUUCCCUGAACCAGCUGCCUAAGGCGCAUACCAUCCUUCCUCAGUGAAGCCCACAUGGCCCCAUGCACGUCCCUCUACCCAGCCUCUCCCUCCUCAGCCCUGUGAUGAGCUCCCUCCAUGUUUUUCCUCGCUCUCCUGAGGCUCCGCUGGUCCUCAGAUUGCAUUUGAAUUUAUUAGACAGCCACCUGAUUACUGGGCUGCCAGGCAGAUGCACAAGAGCACAUGAUGCACACACAUAUUCUCACACUCAUACCUGUUCUCACCCACUGAGUUCCCGGUGAAGCUGCCUGGAGCUUGGAGGGGAGGCUUCCACAGGACACAAGCUGUUGAUGCCAGAGAAUUCUGAGUAGAAAACACAAGGCCAGGACCUUCACCAGCAUUGUGGCAAGAGGCCUGGGGUGUUCCUCCAUAGGCCUUCAGCCCCAGGUUCUGGCUUUGACUUUUUGAAAAGGACAUUGUGGGUUCUAUGAAAAAUUUUUAUACCACUAAUCUAGCUCCAGUUUAGAUAAAACUGAUGACAUAUCAAACCCAACAUUCUUUUCCCAAGGCGCCUUAGUUAGGGUUAGCCCUUUCAUAACUGAUGUUCAUAUGGUGCUUUGCAAUCCUUGACCAUCCCCUGGGGCAAUCACAAUGCCCAUUUUACAGAUGGGGAAAAUUGAGAUUUGGAUCUCACAGGGCAAGAUAGAGAUGAAGUGAAUCCUUAGAUCUCCAGGCCCCAUUCUCUCCACAGAACCAUGCUCCUAUAAUGGGAGAGUAUGGCUUAGAGAUAUCUUUCAACCCCCUAGAAAUUCCCCCAGACCCACAAUGAGGAAAGAAAGAAAAGGGAGGCCUGACGGAGAGCCUAGGGGUUGGUGGCUUUGCUGGUCCAACUUGAUUCUCAUUAACACAGAAACUUGCAAAGUCUGCCCAGAUUUACACCAAUGCUUCUGACUCAUCCAGACUCCUUUCCUGCUAUGCCCUGAAGCUCAGAGGGGAUUGGAGCUUGUCUAACACCAAAUUGCAAGCCCUGACAGGGCUUGGAUGGGGCCCAGCUCUGACUCCCAGGGUCUAGGGCUCCAGUGUCAUGAGAUGUCUCCUCACUCUUUUCUUUAUCCUUUCUGCUGUGGAUCAGACUCCAAGCCUGGCUGUGACAAUAUGCAGGAGUUCCUGAGCAGGGCCAUCGGGGCCAAUAGGGUACCCACAGGUCACAAUCUCAAGUGCUCUGAAUUAACUACUUCCCAGGCCAGGUGAAGUAACCUAGCCAUUCAGGCAGGGCACAAGGCCGUAUGGGUGGUGGGACCCAAGAUCCAAACAGUGCUUGCCCCCUGCAAUGGCAUUCAAAUGCGAAAGCUUUUAAAAUGCUCUGUCAGCCCCCCAAAAUAUGUCUAAAGGCCACUGGCCACCAGCUUGUGACCCCCAGCCUUUGUCCAAUGUCCCCUUUCUUCUUCGUCUCCUCGCCCUUCAUUGCAGAUUUGGGAGAGAUGGGAGCCCAGGUUGAUGAGUUUCAGGUUGUGCAGACCCCAAUCCCUGCCCUCUUCCCUCUCCAUCCUGGGCGCCUGCAGACCAUUUCGGCUUUGAAAGUGGGUGAGGCUGAAUGUCGGAGGUGGUGGGGUAGGGGGACGUUUGGCUUUGAGGGUAAUUCAGUGCUGCUGGGACCUUUCACAUGUGCAGGGAAGAACUCCAGAUGUGACCACAGGGCACAUGAGAAGUCAUAUCCCUAGAGAGACUGCCCUGCCUUGGGCAGUCCCUGGCACCAGCCACCCUUUUCUGGAUGACAUCUCAGCUAGGAUUUAGUUCCAAACCAUGGGGAGCAAAUCUUAAAAAUAAACCAAGCACUCCUGACAAAUACCGGGAAACAAGGUGUGUUUGAGACUCAGCUGCCUGAGGAUAGAGGAAAGUCCAGGCCCCUGGAUAGGUCAGGCCCAGGCUGGAGUGGGUGGAUCCCACCGCACCUGGGCUGGACCACCUCCCCAGUGGCCCUGCUAAGAAGCCGGCUGUGCGGCCUUGCCCUGGUCAUCCAUCGAGGAGCCUGCCUCUGGUGGUUUCCAGGGACGCACACCGGUGCUCCUGGAGAAUUUAUUCCUUUAGUUCUUUUGGCCUCGGAGAGCUUCCAAGGCAAGUGCAUUUCUUAAAAGGUAACAAAAUACAUUCUUGGAAAGUUGGACAGUCAGGCCAUGACUCCUAGCUGGCAGUCUGCCCCACCUCCUGGCAGCCCCUUCAGCCCCUGGUCCCCUGACACCCCCACACCUCAGGAUUCCCUUUUGCAUAUUCAUGGUGGAGCCACAGUGUUGAUCUGCACUUCCCCACUGUCAGCUCACGGCUGUGCCUCCAGAGUGGUGGCCAGGUCCCCAGGGGCCAAGACAGAAGCAAGUCCCUUGCCCGCCUGCUCUCCUGACAAGGGGACUACACUUCUGUGACACAGCUUCUUGCUGGGAGCAGGCAGGCACUAGUCUUCCUUUCAUCUCCUGUAACUUCUCAGUACUCAGGUCCUGUUCCUGGAGCCCCCAGGAUCAAAGGGGACCUCAGAGUUUCAGUCCAUGUGUUCCCAACGGUCCCAUUUAGCCCAUCUCCAAGUUGGGGGUAAACAUUGCCACCAUUCAGUGAGUCUAGAUAUUCUUCUUGCCACAUCUUAGACCCCUGAGAGGCUCAAGGAGAAAAUGCAGCUGUUUAUCUAGUUAUUGAAGGAAUCUCAGUGAAUUCUAAAAUGGAGCUGGUCUCAGGUAGUGUGUUUGGCCUGUGGGCCCGAAAGAGAGGGGAGAAAUCCGUCCUUCAGCUUCGGGCAGCUCUGAGCAUAGUGCAGAGGGGAAGCAUGGGGAACAGCACGGGGUGGGCGCAUUGGGGGUUAUGAACCCCCUCCCCAACACUAAGACCUGGCUGGAGGAGGCCACGCUAUAGUCUCACCCACCCCAACCCUGGGUUCACCCCAUCUUGUGACUAUGGCCACCCGGCCACCCUUCUCCCCCAAAUCGCAAUGCUUGUGACCACAUCCCUGAUCUUCUCCAAAAGCACCAUUAAGAACAAGUGAUUUUGGAUGAUGGAUUUUUGAUGUACAAAUGGUGCACUUCCCCUGGAGUGGAACAGAAAGGAAACCAUUUAAUGGCUCCCCUAUUUUCAAGCAUGAAUACAUUUUAAUGAAACUAUUUUAUUGUAUUUGAGGAAAUGGAGAGUUGAACAUUCCAACCAAUCAAUAGCCAAUUAAUUGCUAUAAAGCUAAAAAGAAAAUAAAUAAGUCCUGAGUCUAUUUGAAACGCCCUGCAAAGCUCCAAGCCUCCAAAUAUGGCCUUCCCCUCAAUACAUGUAUAUGACAGUGUGUUCACACACACGUGCACACACACCCACACCUCACACGUACUUGAAACUCAGAGAAAACGCUGAGUCUCCUCAUGCCAGUUCUUGCCUGCUCUCCUCACCUUUGGUCAGAGAAGGUGAGCAGACCGGGCAGCAGCCUAUCCUGGGGCUCAGGAAGAGGCAGCCUACCCCCGGCCCCAAACUGCCAGCACAGUGUGGAUUAGUGAGCACUGAGGGCCCCACUUCUUGGUCCCAGUAGCUGGGACUCCAAGUUCAAGCUGAGGGUGGAAAUCUGAUUCGGAUUUUGCCCUGAUCCUUGCUGGAAGAUGCUGCCCUGGUUUUUCACCCUCUAGUGGCCUUUGGACAUUGAGUAUUUGUAGAAAUUCAGAUUACUUUGCAAAUGGAACUCUUUGCCAGGAAGACACAUGGAUUUUGCUUUCAUUCUUUGAGACAGUUGGCUUUGUCUUAGGGACUCACCUUCCACCAUCAAAUAACUAUACAUAUCUUCUGUAUCCGCCAAAGUUUGUGAUGCCUGCAUAGACGCUUACUUGUAAAAAAAAAAAAAAAAUACAAAAAAAAUUACAAAAAAACCAACAACAAAAAUAACAAUUGAAUUGCCUUUGAAAGUGGGAGAUGAUCUGUCUCCAACAGAUUAAAAAAAAAUUGCUUCUUAAAAAUGUGUAUGUUUUGUAUUCUUUUUUUCUAGUAGAAAAUGAUUGGAAAUAUUGGUGGUUUUUUUUUCCCCUUAGUGACGUGUGUUGCUUUUGUGUGUAAUAAUAUUUGAAUGUAAUUACAGCAGUGCCAAUUUGCCAAAGAUGUUGGACAUAUUUUUCUUUUGUU